AAAAAGAAAAAGAAAAUGUGGAGGUUGAAGAUAGCAGACGGUGGAAAUGACCCAUAUAUCUUCUCGACAAACAACUUCGUGGGAAGGCAAACAUGGGAGUUCGAUCCUGAGGCAGGAAGCCCCAAGGAGCGAGCCCAGGUUGAAGCUGCCCGUCUAAAUUUCUAUAACAAUCGCUUCCGUGUCAAGGCCUGUUCUGAUCUUCUCUGGCGCUUUCAGUUUCUAAGAGAAAAGAACUUCCGACAAAUAAUAGAUAGUCCGAAGAUAGAGGACGGAGAGAUUACGUACCAGAAUACAACAGCCGCGUUAAGAAGGGCCACCCAUUACCUAUCAGCAUUGCAAGCUACUGAUGGCCAUUGGCCUGCUCAAGUAGCUGGUCCACUCUUUUAUCUUCCUCCUUUGGUAUUUUGCAUGUACAUUACAGGCCAUCUUGAUUCAGUAUUCCCAGAAGAGUACCGCAGAGAGAUGCUUCGUUAUAUUUAUUGGCACCAGAACGAAGAUGGGGGGUGGGGACUACACUUAGAAGGACAUAGCACUAUGUUUUGUACUUCACUCAACUACAUAUGUAUGCGCAUUCUUGGAGAAGGGCCCGAUGGAGGUCAAGAUGCUGCGUGUGCUAGAGCUCGCAAGUGGAUUCAAGAUCAUGAUGGCGUAACAUAUAUACCGUCGUGGGGGAAAACUUGGCUUUCGAUACUAGGUUUAUUCGACUGGUCGGGAGUCAACCCAAUGCCUCCAGAGUUUUGGAUGCUUCCUUCUUUUCUUCCUAUGCAUCCAGCUAAAAUGUGGUGUUAUUGUCGGCUAGUUUACUUGCCUAUGUCUUACUUAUAUGGGAAGAGAUUUGUGGGUCCAAUCACACCACUUGUUCUUCAGUUGAGAGAAGAAAUCUUUAUUCAACCCUACCAUAAAAUUAAUUGGAAAAAAGCACGUCAUGCCUGUGCAAAGGAAGAUCUUCACUAUCCUCAUCACUUCAUACAAGAUCUAUUAUGGGAUAGUCUAUACAUGUUCUCUGAACCACUUCUUACGCAUUGGCCCUUCGACAAUAUGGUAAGAGAGAAGGCCCUUCAGAUAACAAUGAAACAUAUCCAUUACGAAGAUGAGAAUGGUCGAUACAUGGACAGUGGAAGUGUGGAGAAGGUUUUGUUUAUGCUUGCUUGUUGGGUGGAAGAUCCAAAUGGAGAUGCUUUCAAGAAGCAUCUUGCAAGGAUCCCUGAUUACUUAUGGCUUUCAGAAGAUGGAAUGACCAUGCAAGGUAUUGGUAGCCAAUCAUGGGAUGUUGGAUUAGUUGUUCAAGCUCUGCUUGCCACUAACCUUAUUGACGAAAUUGGUCCUACACUUUUGAAAGGACAUGACUUUCUCAAGAAAUCUCAGGUUAAGGAAAACCCUUCAGGAGACUUUAAAAGAAUGUUUCGUCACAUUUCUAAAGGAUCAUGGACCUUCUCUGAUCAAGAUAAUGGAUGGCAGGUUUCUGAUUGCACUGCAGAAUGUUUGAAGUGCUGUCUACUUUUAUCAAUGUUGCCAUCAGAAAUAGUUGGUGAGAAGAUGGAUGAUGAAAAAUUAUUUGAUUCGGUUAAUCUCCUUUUGUCGCUUCAGGGUAAGAAAGGCGGUUUCUCAGCGUGGGAGCCAGCAGGAGCUCAAGAAUGGUUAGAAGUAUGUGAUAAAUAA